AAGUGUAGUCUGUGGGAUCCACAGGAGAAGCUUGUUUGCCAUCCGCCAUUAAACGUCAAAGAAGGAGAGAAGAAAACAAGAAGAAGACGAAGCAGAAUGUGAUGUUUUAUCUCCGAUCGUAACAGAAGAGAACAUAACCAGUUUGUGUUGAAGGGUGAAACCAGAUGAAGCUCCUCAAGACUCUCAUACCCUUUUCUAACCAGCAGUCCAUCACUGAAUUGAACGAUUGUGUUCAAAAUGGAACCUCUAGUCAUAUGGAAGAGAAGUGAGACCAGAUGAGACACUGCACUCUUAACUGCUGUCUAUUAAAAAAUUUAUCAGUCAGUGGAUGGACAGACAGCAUUUAACAAUGGAGCAAUGUUUCAAGGGAGAGAAGGCGAGAUCAGAAGAAGCACCAUCUCCAGCACUCUCACACCUGUCUGUAAAAAGUGAUCAGUCAAUGGAUCGGCCAAUUGCAUUCAACAAUGAAACCCCUAGUUACAUUAGUGUCAGACCAGAUGAGGCACCAUCUCCUGCAACCUCAUACUUCUCUUUAAAAAGCAACCAAUCAAUGGAUCGACCGAUUGCGUUCAAAGACAGAACACAGCCUUACAGUGUUAAACGUCUGAGACCAGAUGAAGCGCCAUCUCCAGCACCCUCACACCUGUCUGUAAGAAGUGAUCAGUCUAUGGAUCGGCCAAUUGCAUUCAGCAAUGAAACCCCUAGUUACAUUAGUGUCAGACCAGAUGAGGCACCAUCUCCUGCAACCUCAUACUUCUCUUUAAAAAGCAACCGAUCAAUGGAUCGACCGAUUGCGUUCAAAGACAGAACACAGCCUUACAAUGUUAAAUGUCUGAGACCAAAUGAAACCCCUUCUUCAGCACCCUCACCACUGUCUGUGAAAAGUGAUCAGUCAAUGGAUCGGCCAAUCGCGUUCAUCAAAGGAACCCCGAGUUACACUGGGUAUGAAAAUCCAGAUGAGUCACCAUCUCCAGCACCGUCACUCCUGUCUGUAAAAAGUGAGCAGUCAAUGGACAGACCUAUCGCAUUCAGGGAUGAAACGCAGAGUUACAGGCUUAAAAGCACACUUUCAGCCACUCUGCUGACAGAGGAUCACUACAAGUGUCCAGUGUGUACAGAAGUCUUCAGGGAUCCUGUUUCCAUGCCCUGUGGACACAUUUACUGCAAACAAUGCAUUGAGAUCUACUGGAGCAAACCAACUCAAGCUGGAGCUUACGCUUGUCCUCAGUGCAGAAAGAGGUUCAGAGAUCGUCCUGUGUUGAAUGUUAAUGUGGCUUUGUCUAAACUGAUUGAGGAACUCCAGAAGGCAGGGUUUAGUCCUGCUUUCCCUGUUCACUGCUACGCUGGACCUGAAGAUGUGGCCUGUGAUAUCUGCACUGAGAUGAAGCUCAAAGCUGUUAAAACCUGUUUGACCUGCACUGCUUCUUACUGUGAGACACACAUCAGACAACACUACACAGUACCAGCACUGCAGAGACACAACCUGGUGGAGGCUACUGUGUUAAUGCAAGACAGUAAGGACACCAAAGAGAUCAAAGAGCUUGAUGUCGCAUUCAUUGAUGAGAGUUCAAGGGAUGAAAAAAUUGAAUAUUCUCAUCCAACUAAGUGCUUCUGCAGUGGAUUUUCCAGUUAUGAUUUACCUAUGGAUGUAACUAAGGUUUCAGCUCUUGGUCGUCCUUUGGAUAUUGGAAUGUUGUAUGACCAGCGCAAUGAAUCUUUAAUUUCAGACAGUAAUCUUUGGGAUAACCACACUUUAACAAGUGACAGAAUAUCUUGGCCCCAACUGAAAACACAUGUAAAGGUUUUGGGAGACGACUCCCUUAAGGAGAGAUGCAGAGCCUUUGGAAUGUCACCAAUGUUGCGAGUCAGUGCUCUGUGUGGACUGAUGGAGCUAAAUGGAGCAGCAGCCUUUCUGAAUCACCCAGUUCAGUCUCAAUAUCAGGAAAGAGUUACACUACACUACAAAACCACCACCAGACUGGACAUGAUCAGCCAAAGACUCUUACAGGAAGGAGUUUCUGCCUCAGUCAUUAAUGCAACCACAGCUACACAUGUGAUCAUCGCUGUGUUCUAUGGAGCCCAAGCUUUCUUUGUUUUUGAUAAUGAGAGAAUCAACUCAGAGAAAAAUACAGAAAUGGAAAAUGUUAUCAAGAAGAUUGUCACCACCCUUAGUGCAAGGGAUGUGUUUUCAAGUCUUAAUGAAACUGAAAAGGCUAACAGCAUUUUUUAUGCCUGCAGUCUCUACAGUGAUGUGGGUAACUGGAAGAAUCCAAUGUCUUUUGAUAAGGCAAUGGAGAUCUAUGAAUCUCUGCCAGCGCUGCUUGGAUCUAAAGAUGAGAGAGCAGUUCCUCUGAAGGUCUGGCUGUAUCCUCUCAAGAAACUAAACAAGAGCUCUGUCUGUGCUGCUCCGAGCGAACACUUGCUGCAAAACGCUGAGAACAUUCUAGAACAUUUGAGAGAACAAAUCAGGGUGUGCAAGGACAUAGUGACAAACUACAAUAAUCUUAGUGUGAUCAUAUGGUUCCCUGCUUUAAAAGAAAUAUUUCAAAGGUAUUCAGAAUUUCUGCAGGAGUACAGAAUAGAGUUUCAAAGAAAGACUGCUAAGAUUAUUGAGUCCAAAUACAUCAGUGAAGAGGAGAGAGAGAAGAGUUUACAAGAACUUGUCAGUAACUUUGAUCGGUCUCCAUUCAAUCCAGAAAACACACAUCAUUGGUUUGAAAAGAAGGAAACGGAGCUGGCAGUUUUAAAAAGGUGCAGAGCAGCAAGCAUAACUAUUGUGAAAUCACAGGAGGAGCUUCAGCGAGUCAUCAAUGAUCCUCUGAUGAGCAGUGUGUUCUGCUUCACUAUUUCAUCAAUAAAGGCAGAUGACUCUUUUUUCACAGCUCUGAGGCAGUACAUUGAAUUCAUGAAAAAGGGCACAUUGAAUCCAUCUGAUUUUAUCGAGUCAGAAGAUUUACAGCAGUCAUUAAAGCCUGUUUAUAUCACUCAAAAAGUACUUUCUGAUUUAGAAGUAUUCAUUACUGCCAAAGAGACAAAUGAAGAUGGAAAGCGAACCAAGUUCAUUGCUGCAUCUGUACAUGAUGAUGGUUAUUCUGAAUACACUGUGCAGUUUUAUCAUGCCGGGAGGAUUGUGAGCAGAAAUCUGACACUUCAAACUAAGCCAGAUCUCCUCCAAAUAUUUCACAUAAACUGCACCAGUGUGUCCCUGAAACUGAAUCAACCACAAACUAAAAGCAUUGAGAAAUAUGUGGUGGAGUACAGGGCUUUGGAUGAUGAUGAUGAAAUGAACAGUACCACAUGGAAACAUAUCAUUUUUGAUGUGACCACUCUCAAGAAAACCUUUUUUAUCUCAGGUUUAAAGUCUGACCACCACUAUCAGCUGAGGUAUUCAGUUAUUGAGCAGGACUGUAUGAGCAAUUUCAGUAAAAUGAUUAACUUUCAGACAGCGGCUGCAGCAACACCUGGACAACCCAUUGUGGAAAAGCUGAACCGAGACACUCUCAGAAUUUUCUGGUUGAAGGUUAAAACUGGAGAAGAUUCUCCAGUGCUACGGUAUAUGGUUGAGUAUAAAGAAGCAGGACUGGAGGGCUGGUCUUCAGUACAAACACAAGGACCUGAAUGUGAAUAUAUUUUAACUGUACCUCACAGCACAAUCUAUAGAGUCAGAGUCUCUGCUGUCUAUGGAGAAGGAGACAUCAGCAAACCCAGUGAGGAGACACCAGUACCAGUGGAUGUCUGGAGCAUAGAUCUCUCAGAGAGAAAGAGCUCCAUCCUCCUAGAAGUGCUGAAACUCCAAACAGAGAAGAAACCAGUAAAGCUGAGAGACUGGACAGAUGAAGAGAGUGAAGUGAAGGGAUUGCUGCAGUGUCUGCCCUACAUCUCACAGCUGAGAUUUGAUUUCUAUGAGAAGAAAACAUCUGUCCAGUUUCUGGUGAAUCUGAUUGUUUCAGCGUCAGAGUUUGAUAAAACGACUGGUGAAAAUUACACUGAGCUGUUCACAUCUGUGUGCAGCUACACAUCUUUCCCCUUCAGUGAAAACUAUACUCACCAUCAAGCUGUUCAAUCUGAAUUCCUGCUGGAUCUGUGUUCACAUGUGAAGGACUAUGAGACUCAAACAGGCAGGAGUGUCCUUCCAGCAUUACAGCCAAUUUAUCAGUCAGCUCCUGCAGUCUGGAGAAUAAAGCUCUCAGAGAGAAAGAGCUCCAUCCUCCUAGAUGUGCUGAAACUCCAAACAGAGAAGAAACCAGUAGAGCUGAGAGACUGGACAGAUGAAGAGAGUGAAGUGAAGGGAUUCCUGCAGUGUCUGCCCUACAUCUCACAGCUGAGGUUUUAUUUGACGAGUGAACCUGGUGUAAAGUUUCUACUGAAACUGAUUGUUUCAGCAUCAGAGAUUGAUGCAAAUCAAGGAGAAACUUACACUGAACUAUUAACAUCUGUGUGCAGCUACACAUCUUUCCCUUUUAAUAGGAAUUAUUUAGAUGAUUCUGAUUAUCAGACUGAACAGUGUGAUUUCCUGCUGGAUCUGUGUUCACAUGUGAAGGACUAUGAGACUCAAACAGGCAGGAGUGUCCUUCCAGCAUUACAGCCAAUUUAUCAGUCAGCUCCUGCAGUCUGGAGAAUAAAGCUCUCAGAGAGAAAGAGCUCCAUCCUCCUAGAAGUGCUGAAACUCCAAACAGAGAAGAAACCAGUAAAGCUGAGAGACUGGACAGAUGAAGAGAGUGAAGUGAAGGGAUUCCUGCAGUGUCUGCCCUACAUCUCACAGCUGAGGAAUGCCAAUCGGUUCAUCCCAUCUCUAUGUAAAGUGUUUGGGUCCAAAGUGAAAUCAGAUCAGGUGACUCCUCUGCUUCAGGCUUUAGACUUCACUGUCACACUGAGAGGAAAAUUACCCAGCAGCACCUGCAGAUCUGUGGGGAGAGUUCUGGGUCUUUCACCCUCAAAACUAAACCUGACUCUAAAGCCAAAAGCCAUUUCUGUCAGAGGAACCAGACUGCUCUUCAGACACAUCAGACACCUGCAGAAGCUGAGUCUGGAAGACAAAAUGUUAGUGAAGAUGGUCAGAGUGCUGAGGUCAUGUCCUGUUUUACUGAACACAGAGGAGCUUUCACUGGUCACUAAAGACUCAAAGCUGAAUUCCUCUCAUAUCCUGAGCAGAUUGACGUCUCUCCUGAGUCUGCUGUCUGUCCAGUGUUUGGAUCUUACCAAGUGUACCAAGUCUCUGUCUCUCACAUCACUGUUGGGUCUCCAAGAACCUCUGUCUAUCAGGUUCUCUAAAGAAACUCUUCAGCAGCUGGUUUCAGUGGUGUAUGAAGCACAGGAUGGUAAACUGACACGCUGCUUUCUGAAGAAGGUGUCUAAGGAUCUGACUUCCUGUUCACUGACCUGGGAAGUGAUUCAUUACCUGCUGCAACAUCAAGCUCUGAAUUUAAAGCUGGACUUCAGGAAGAGCAAAAUCACCUGUGAAAUCAGACAACUGUUACCCUGGUUGGGCACAAUUCAGCUGAAAAGGUUGAGCCCCAGCUUUACUCUGUCCAUCAUUAUGGAGAUUUAUGAGACUCGUUUUCCUCAGUAUGUGUCCGGUCUCAUGAGUUCAGCAGGGAAUGACAUCAGCCUGAAUGGCCGAGUGUUGGACUCUGUUCACUGCGCUGCUCUGCGCUUCACUCUGCAGCACUGCAACACUGUCAAACUCAAUCUGCUCUGGACCUCCAUACCAUCGGAGGAGCUAGAGAGCUUUUUGCCUUUACUCUGCAGAGUCACACAGCUCAGUGUUGACAGGCUGCUGUUACUGAAGCUGCUUCAUUGCUGCAGUUCCUCUGAUCUCCAGCAGGAGGCAGCAGAUGUUCUUCUCUCUGCUCUUCACCACAGACUGGACUUCUCCUGCUGCUCUUCUCUGGAUUUAACAGACACACAGGAAAACCAGGAGCAUUUGAAACUAACUGAAGAAGACUGUAGAAUAAUCUCAUCUGUGCUUCAGAAAACUCCAAGCAUUGUGAAGUUGAUCUUACAGGACUGUGAGCUCUCUGAGGAGGCCCUGAAACAACUUUGGCCAAUCCUGCCUCAAGUCCAGCUGAAUUGUAGUAAAGCUCUGCUACUGCAGUUUCUGGCUUGUGUUAGUAAAGAUGGAUCUCAGAGAGGCUCUUUGAGGAGCGCUGAGGCUCUUUCACAGGCUUUGGGAGGAGAGAUGGACCUCAGUCACACUCAGAUGAACCCGAGAGCUUGUGAACAGCUGGCACUGUUUCUGGAAUAUUCUGAAGGACUGACAGAACUGGAUCUCAGUCACUGCAAACUCACUGAUCUCUGCGUGGAGCCGCUGCUGCCACAUCUGCACAAAACCCAGACUCUGGACCUGAGUCACAAUAAUAUCACAGAUGAAUCAGCAAAGAGGAUCCACAGUAUCGUCUGCACUCACAGCAAUCUUCAGACUGUACGACUCUUCGGAAACAAAAUCAGUGAAAGAAAGCAAUUCACCAGAGACAAGCGAUUUGAAAUAUGGUGAAGAUCCUGGGCCAGAACCUUAAUGAUUUAACAUUAGGAGGGUGUUUGAUUUAUGAUUAAACAAACUUUGCAAAGCACUUAACAGUGUUCUGUGUAGAAGUUUAUUUUUAUGAAUAAUUAAAAAUUAUAGCUUUAUGUUUGAACCAGAUUUAUAUAAAUGAAAUGUUUAUUAUAUUACAAAGCUAUGAUGAUGUAUAUUUUGCAGUGUUUUAGGCAAGAGUUAUGGUUUUGAUUUGUCUUCACUGGCUACAAUUAACCGCUCACAACAAGUUCAAGACAGCCACAGGCUCCUCACCCUCUUAACCGUGGAUGUUGACUGGAACAAAUAUUUCUGUUUUAUAUUCUUCUAGACAACGUUUAGAGCUUUUAGAGAAUGUUUAAUGCUUUGUAUUGUUAGCACUGCAUUGAUUCUCAGGAUAAAUAUAUUUGUUAUA